AUGUCGACCGGGCUAUAUGACAACCCCAUCUUGAAGACGCUCAAUAAGGCGCAAUGCAGAGCUGUGUGCUCCAACGCCGCCACCGUUGCCAUCCUGGCUGGUCCGGGAAGCGGCAAGACUCAUACGCUGACAUCCCGCGUGGUAUGGCUUGUUGACACGGUGGGAUACCUGCCUGAGAAUGUCAUCGUUGCGACUUUUACAGUGAAAGCCGCCCGUGAGAUGAAAGAGCGUAUCGGGAAGGCUCUUGGACAUGACCGGGCAAACAAGCUCAUCCUGGGCACUUUCCACAGCAUCUCUCGCCGCUACCUGGCUGCAUACGGCAAGAAGAUUGGCCUGAACCAAAAAUUCGGCAUUGCAGAUGACUCGGACUCGCGAGCAAUCAUAGGACGUAUCUGCAAACGUCUACAGCUAGCUGUGGACCCGGUAAUUGCCCGUGGAUGGAUCAGUAAGAAGAAGGCAAAGGGACUAGAGGGAGACAAGCCUACCAAACGACAGGGAAGCAAUCAGGGGCCGAGCUCCAAGGACCUUGAGACAUGCUACCAGGAAUAUCAAAGCCACCUCGAAAAGUCAAAUCUUCUCGACUACGAUGACUUGUUGGUUCGCUGUGUCGACUUACUCCAGCAGUUUCCGUCGUGCGUUUCCAACGUGCAAACAGUCCUUAUCGACGAAUACCAGGAUACCAAUGGAGUCCAGUAUGAUCUGAUGAAGCUCUUUGCCCAGAAGCAGAAGAGUAUCACCGUUGUUGGUGACCCUGAUCAGAGCAUUUACGGUUGGCGAUCGGCAGAAAUUAGAAAUCUCUAUCGAUUACUUCACGAUUAUCCCGGCACAGAAGAAGUCUCCCUGGAGGAGAAUUAUCGGUCAUCGCAAUCUAUAUUAGACACAUCACUCCAAGUAAUUCAGCAAGAUACGAAGCGAUAUCAGAAGGUAUUACUACCGGUGCACAACAGAGGCACCCGCCCAGUCCUUCGAAAAUUGAGGAGCUCCUCUGCGGAGGGUGAAUGGAUCGCGUCAGAGGUCAGAAGACUCUCCUCCAUGUCUGGGAAGAUGUUGGGAUACGAUGAUGUCGCCAUACUGCUGCGUUCCGCCGCACUUUCGCGACAUAUUGAAAGCGCCCUCGGAAAGGCAGGCAUCGCAUACAAAAUGGUUGGUGGGUUCAAGUUCUACGAACGAGCGGAGAUCAAAAUCAUUCUCGAAUAUCUGAGAGUGAUCCAUCAACCCGAAAACAACGAUGCUCUAGCCAGAAUUAUCAACGUGCCCAAACGAGGCGUUGGAGAUGUUACGAUCAAGGCGUUAUUGGAGGAGGCGGAAAGAUCGAAACUCAGCAUGUGGAACCUCCUGAUCAAACACUGUCGAGGAGACCGCUCUGCAAAGACAAACAUAACGAAGCAGGCCGAACAGAAAAUAAGUGGCGAGCUGAUACGCCUUAUCAUGGGAACAAGGAAGCGCUUGGAGAAUCAAGAAGAUGGCAAGCCGUUCGGCCUUGUGGAGAUGAUAGAGCAUCUUCUUACCCAGCUAAAGUUUCAGAAAUUCCUCGAAGACUCGCAUUCCGAGGAUCACGAACAGAGGUGGGCAAACGUGCAAGAGUUCUUGGCUCUUGCAUCGGACUUCAUGAAGGAACUGGAACAGGGGCCCGAUGAAGCUUUGCCCGAAAUUGACGGCUUAGAACAGGUCAAAGAAACGGAUGCACUUGCUCGAUUUCUCGCCAAUGUUUCGCUGGCCUCGGAUGCCCAAACCAACAAUCAAGACCAGGAGGCCAAGCCGAUGAUCGAGGUCAAAACGUCCGAGGUUGCACGUACCCUCAGCUGGAACGAAUGA